AUCAUAAGUUGCCUUCCUUCCCACAGUGCCUUGGGGUAAUGGCAAGCAUAAAGUUGGUUCGGCUGCUUGGCUGUCUGUUGCUUAUGGCCCCCCUUCUGUAUGGUCAGGAGUACAGCCUGGGCGUCAUGAACAUCUGCUGGCGGAUCUUUCUGGAAGCAGCCUCCGCCGUAGCGAGCAGUGGCAUGCCACUGUUCAGGGACCUCGUCAAGUGUACCAACCUCACGGUCUACGUCGAUUUGGAGAGCAUCGAUGUACAAAUGGCCAUGGUGAUGGGCUUCAGCCUGCUGCAACACGUGGCCACGGCCACGGACUGCCUGUGGAACAUGACCGAUGCAGUGGGCGACAUUCUGGAGCCCCAUUUGAGCAACUAUUCCCGCCAUCAGUGCAGCUACAUUGGUGUGCCGCAAAGCUGUCUGCCACGAGUUGAUUAGAGACUGUUAUGGCAGCAUAUAAAAUGGGUUUUCAAGCAUGUCGCCAGACAGUUCUCUCCACCAUGCAGUGCCUGCGGUUUGCUUUAAUUCUGAGCCUUGUCUCGCUACUGUCGCAUGCCCAGACGUAUAACCUCAAGCAGAUUGGCGUUUGCGUUCAGAUCUUACUGCAGGCGACUUCAGAUCUCACCCACCGGACCACGCCCAUAGCGAGGACAAUGCUCGAGUGUGUGGGCUUCAAGACGUCGCAGAAUGUAACCUCACUCGAUGGCAAAACAUUCAAAGAGGUGGCCUCCAAGUUUGUGGGGGAACUCGUGCAGAAUCCCUCCUGUCUGCUCGAUGUGGCCGCGGCGGUGAAGAAGCUUUUGGGGCAGCAUUUCGCGAGAUUUAAAACCUACCGAUGCAUGUACCUGGGCGUGGCAAGCUCCUGCUUGCCCAAAGACUUGUAGAGAACAAAUAAAAGAGCAGCAAGCAGCUC